AUGGAUUUGCUAUAUAAUGUUUUUGGUUAUUCUUCAGCAUUUGGGCUAGGGGACUUUCUUCAAGUUUGUGGUUCAGAAUAUAUGUUUUGGGGGCGUAUCUUGAAUCGUUUUGAGAUAUUCAAGUUAAAUACAAAUUUAAACUUUUGUUGUGGUGUGAUAACUCAGUGGUUGAAUUUUCGUGGGUGCCGGUUGAUAAGCGAUCGAUUGUUGUGGUGUGAUAACUCAGUGGUUGACUCUUCCAGUGCAACGGUUGCUAAUUGGUUGUGGAGCUGUGGGCUGACAGCUGACGACGUGCUUGACUGUUGUGGUGUGAUAACUCAGUGGUUGAAUUUUAGUGGGUGCCGGUUGAUAAGCGAUCGAUUGUUGUGGUGUGAUAACUCAGUGGUUGACUCUUCCAGUGUAAAGGUUGCUAGUGUUGACGAAUCUUAG